AUGGUAGUGGAUAAUACCGCAAAAGAAUGCAAAGAGAAGAUUAAGAGUCUUGAAAAAAUAAUUGCAGACUUGAAGUCUGAGCUCCAUUCCAAAGAAAUCAUCAUUAAUGCACUGGUGUCAAAACUUAAAGAGCAGAAAUCCGGUGUUGGUUGUGAGAAUUGCGAACAUGCGAAGAAGAUAAAAACUAAAAUGACAGUGUCGUUGCCAGGAAUUGAAGCAUGCUCUUCAGAAGAUAUUAAUACUGAAGCAAAAACACCCAUAUCGCCUCGCAAGCCUGCUGAUGGAAGCUUUCACAAGAGUGUCUGUACACCCUGCGAUUCAGCAGAGAUAAUCUCGCAAAUUAAAGAUAUCUUCGUUCAGAAAUCCAAGAAUAUGGAAUUCAAGCUGAAUUUUACGUUUAAAAAGUUUGUAGAUUAUGCCGAAACGACAUACGAAUUUUCCUUGUUCAAUAAAAAGGUUAUGAAAGCAAAAAAUCCCCUAAAGCAGUUCAUAGAAGCCAAUUUGGACAGGAUUGUCAAGUAUAUUCUGGACAAUGUCAAUACUUUAAAUCUAAACCAGAUUUGUUCGACAAUUUUCUUGAUAAAUUCAGAGAUGGCCUAUAAGCACAAGCUUGUUAUUUUCCAUGAUAUUGUUCUGGAGCUGAGCAGCCAUUCCAAGUUGAAUUUAAUUGCCGCCGCUCUGUUUAACAAUCUCGAUCUUGAAAAUGAUGUGUUUAGCCAAGUUAUUAAAAAAAUUAUGUAUCACCAGUUAUGUAUUGAUGGAAACAUACUCAAAGAUUCGGAAGUUGCAGAGCAUCUAAAUUUGAUAAGAGAUAAUUUCAAUCUUUCUACUCCGGAAAUAAGUCUCUGGGAGAGUCUUUCGCAUUUUCUUGUUAAGCAUAGGCUAUUUGACCAAGACAGAAAAAUUAUACUCGCUGAUUCCAUUGAGAGAGGAUUUUGCCUGCGAAUGCUAUGUCACUAUAUAGACUGGGACUACACGUACAAUACCUUCAUUCUGACACAGCUCUAUCCAAAAAUUCUGUCAGAUAAGGGCGCCGUUCAUGUGUAUUACCUGGGAAUUUUGAUGAUGAAUGCAAGGCGAGUCUUUGGCUAUGACGAAAGUGUAGAGAGGCUGGAGGAAGAGCUAGUGAGCUUUUUGGAGUGGAAGGACGAGUGCUCGGUGGUAGCCUACAUGAUUCUGAAGCAAGUUCGUCAAACAGAUUCGGAAAGCUGGAUGAAUGAAAAUGAAGAAUUUCUGCAAAAUAAUGGAUACAGAAUAGAGUAUUUAAGGAGUUUUCUGCUACUGUAA